UCACGUAUUGUCCCGUCAGUACUACACAGCUGAGGGACAGCUCUUUAAAGAAAGACAGUAACUUUCUAAAGAUAUUAAAUUUGAUAUUAUGAGAUUUUAAACUCAGGUUCUGUUAUUCAAUGAAAAUACCAACAGACUCGGAUAUUUAGGACAAACUAAGAGUCAGAUCAGCAGAAACAGAGAACACGGAAAUGUCUGCUGUAACUGCGUCACUCUGCUCCAUUUUGAUGUUUGUUGGUGUCUUCGUGUUUGUCUCUGCAGAUGAGAAAAUCAUCACAGCUAAGUCUGGACAAGAUGUCACUUUGCCAUGUCGAGAUCCAAACAACAACAAACCCAUCGUUGUUGUAAACUGGAGCAGAACUGACCUGAGAGAUAAAUAUGUCUUUUUCUACCAGGAUGGGACUAUUAAGCCAGAUAACCAGCACCCAUUUUUUAAGAACCGGGUGGAUCUGCAGGACAGACAGAUGAAGGAUGGAGACGUGUCUUUGAUUCUGAAGGAUGUGAUGACAUCUGAUGCUGGAGCAUAUGAGUGCCAUGUCUUCAUAGAGGGAACAAGCUCAUGGAAAACCAUCAGCAUUAUCUACCUUAAUGUUUUUCCACAUCAGAAAACCAUCACAGCUGAAUCUGGACAGAACAUCACUCUGACAUGCCGAGCUCCAAAGAAGAAAAUUGCAGAUCUACACUGGAGCAGAGCUGACUUGGGGCCAGAAUAUAACAUUUGUUACCAGGACAGUGAGUGUGUAACAGAUGAGCAGCAUCCAUCUUUUAAGAACCGGGUGGAUCUGCAGGACAGACAGAUGAAGGAUGGAGACGUGUCUUUGAUUCUGAAGGAUGUGACGAUUAAUGACACUGGAACAUACGAGUGUCGUGUCUUCAUGGCAGAAAAUCACUCAUGGGAUCUUAGCAUCAUCAGCCUGAGUGUUGUUGAUCCUCCAGUGCGGGCAAAAAUCACAGUUGAGUCAGGAACGAAUGCAAUUCUGCCAUGUCAAGCUCCAAACAACAGCAACGACAAUGUUGUAGAGUGGACCAGAGCUGACCUCGAGCCAGAAUAUGUGCUUUUGUACCGGGAUGGGCAAUUUGAUUCAGAUGACCAGCAUCCAUCUUUUAAGAACCGGGUAGAUCUGUGGAACAGACAGAUGAAGGAUGGAGACGUGUCUUUGAUUUUGAGCUAUGUGACGAUUAAUGACACUGGAACAUACGAGUGUCGUGUUCUUAUAAGAGGAACAAACCGCAGAAUGAGAGCUGUUUUAGAUGAUAAACCCAUCAGCAUCGUCACACUGAAAGUUGAUCCUCCAGGAGGAUCUGUUGGACUCAUCGCUGGUCUGAGUGUUUCUGCUUUGCUUCUUCUUGCUGUUGCUGUUGGUUUCUUUAUCUACCAAAAAAGACUGAAUCAUUCCAGGUAAAGCAGAGCAUUGUCACAACACAAAUUUGAUUCAGAUGACAAACACAAAGAUAAAUAAAUGAUGGUGAACAUCCAGCAGACGGCUGUAGAAAGCUGGAUGUUCAGAGUCUGAUGUUAUUUCUCUGAUGAUCAUCAUGUUCAGACUCAGACCAACAGUGUGUGUCUGUGCUGUCUGUCAGUGACUCUGAACUACAGUUUAUUCAUCUUCAGGCUGUUCAUGAGAUUUACUGACACAAAGUCAAACUGUGUUACAAACAUACAUGAAUUUAUAUGAUAUUAUCUCAGAGUCAGUGAGUGUUUUUGUGUUGGAGCUUCAGCUUAAGCUGUUUGUAAGAACUUACUUGUUCUGUGAGAGAUGAACAACACAGACCUGAGAUCAGCUGUUACACACACUGAAUGAAGUGACAACACAAACGCUGUGUGAUGAUCUGAGUGUAGAUGAAGGUCUGUGGAUUCAAGACAAUCAAAAAUCAUGUUCAGAAUCCAGGAUCUGUAACAACUGAAUGAUUUUGGCUCAAUAUGGGUUGUUUACAAAGUUUGGGUUGUCUAUGAAGUGCAUUUCAAAUUAAGCACAGCUUUUAUGUUUGUAUAAAAUAUGAACUUAAGACUUCUCUUUAGUUGACUUUUUUGAGCCAACAUAUUUGCAUAAUCUUUUGGAAAAUCUAGUUCAUCAAGUCUUACAUUUAUAAAUGGUUUUGGGAUAAUAUGAAAGUAAAGAUAUGGUUGCAGAUAUUUCUUUUCAUCUGAUGUUAAACUGUUCGGUUUACAAACUUUUAAAAAAACAAAGCAAAACAAAAACUUUCUACAGGGAAACUAAAUCAUGUAAUGUAAAGUUCCUAACCAUGUGCACUCUCUCUUACUUUCAACUUUACUUUGCCAAUAAAAUUUUACAUCUAAA